AUGGCACCAUUUCGUUUAAGCGUGCUGGGAUUGACACAGCUACUUUUAUUACCUUCUGUGUCUGGCUUGCCAAGCCAGCAUUCUGUGCGCGACCUCGCGUACACUCCUCUCGGCUGCUUCACCGACUUAGCGAACGGCCAAAGAGCAAUCAACGACAAGAAUGCGGCAACCAACGAUAUGACUGUUGAGUCGUGUGCUGCUUUUUGCUCGAAUUACGCCUUCUUCGGUCUUGAGUACGGCCGGGAGUGCUAUUGCGGCAACUCGCGGGAUUCCGGUAGCACCGAAGCCGAUGCCAAUGAUUGCUCGUUCUCUUGCGCCGGCGACCCCAGCGGUGUUCAAAGGUGCGGCGCCGGUAACCGCUUGAACCUCUACAGCAACUCAAACUACGCAGCUGCUGCACCCGCAUCCCUCCCUGACAUCGCCUCUCUUGGCUGCUUUGUCGAUAGUGCACAACGCGUCCUUCCGGACAAGAUAAUUGGCGCUAACGACAUGACGGCAGCUAAGUGUGCAGCAAAUUGCGUUGGGUAUAGCUACUUCGGAACACAAUGGUCUUCGGAAUGCUAUUGCGGCAAUACUGUUCCGAGUGUUUCUGCUCCAGCAUCCGAGUGUAACAUGUUAUGCUCUGGUAAAGGCGACGAAGUGUGUGGCGGCAGCCUGAGAUUGAAUGUCUACAAGCUCCCGUCGACUGCCAAUAACCAGCCGUCCACCUCAGCAACAGAGCCCGCUAUACCCCCAGUAUCAGGCUUUGAAUAUAAGGGCUGUUAUUCUGACGGCAUCCCACAGCGCGUCUUAGCUGGAAAAGUUGUUAACGACCCCUCGAUGACCAUCGAAAUGUGCGCGGAGGCGUGCAAAAACUGGGGUUAUACUUGGUUUGGUGUUGAAUAUACAACGGAAUGCUACUGCGGCACUGCACUGGACGGGGCAAGUACCAAAGUUGCCGGCACGGAGUGCUCCAUGUCAUGUGGUGGCAAUAACUCACAAAAGUGUGGAGCAGCCAACCGUAUCAGUGUAUUUGCAAGCUUGAGCGCGGCCGGCCCUGCUACUAAUAGCCUCUCCGUCGCCGGGUUUCAGUACGGCUCCUGCUGGACCGACAAAGUGGAUGACAGGUCUCUCAAGGCUGUUGACUAUCGUACUGACGAUAUGACGGCCGAGAAGUGCGCAGAAAGAUGCCAAGGGUACGCAUACUUCGGUCUAGAGUACUCGCGCGAGUGCUAUUGUGGUGACCAACUGGGAGGACAGACAGCCCCCGAAAAGGAGUGCGGUAUGCUUUGCAUGGGUUCAGCCAACCAGUGGUGUGGCGGCCCGGACAGAUUGAAUGUGUACACACGAGAAACAGCAUCUGCAUCAUCCUCUACACACGCGGUUUCUUCAUCCAGUAGCAGUACCGUUGACCCGAUAAGUAGCUCAACGAGCAGUCAGAUGCCUAGUUCGGACUCUGUUUCUCCAUCGUUGACUAUAUCAUCAACAGCAAGCUCAGCGCAAUCUUCAACAAGCGAUCUGAUAUCAAGCUCUGACCUAUCCUCAUCAACAACGGUGGUGUCUUCAACUUCAACAUCUUCAGGACCCGACAUGACAACAAUCACCAACUGUCCCGCCGCCCCCACAUACAAUGGAUCUCCGGAGUUCUGUUAUUUGACGGGAAGCCUUCCUGUGGCGUGUCAAACCCUUUCAAAAGGCUUCAAUAAUUUUCGAGCUAUGUCUACUUCGCUUUCAAGCUGUAGCGCGCAAAUUAACCGAAUGAAAGCAUACGGCGCGACUGCCAUUCCUCAAGCAACAGCUUGCUUCCCAAGCUUAAGGUCCAAUCAAAGUCCGCCCAACGCUGCUGAUGGGACAGCGACUGCAAUAAGCGUCUACAGUUGCUUGCUAGAGCCGACGAACUCGGUGGCCUGCCAGGUCGACUCAGAGUGCAAGACAUCUACCUAUGUUGUUGGACAGGUGCCCUCACCAACCCCUUCAAUUGGCGUCAACUUGCUCAAAGACGGUGGAUUUGAAUCUGGCACUACCGGCGAAUGGGUAGGCGGCGCCUCUAAUCCUCAUGUGCAGAUCGCUGUAAAUGGUGCACGCCCCAGAUCGGGUAGCUACAGCCUUACUGAGACCUUCCUUAAUACCAAUGGCGCCACUUAUGCUUUUACUCGGACGAUGAAGGUUACCCCUGGCAGAACAUAUACAUUCCAGGUCCCCUACUGGAAUUCUAACCCGGCUGCAUUAACAUCUCUGUAUCUCUACGUCUACCCUAAUGUUUUUGCGACGGACUUCAAUACAGCACAAUUAUACCAAGCGGCGGCGAAUCAAUGGUUAGCAAGAACUAUCACUUUCACUGCUACAUCAUCAUGGGUUCAGAUUCUUUUCUCCUUUGGUGGAAAUGUUGGAGGAGGGGUGAACCAGAUAUACAUUGAUGAUAUUUCGUUUGUCCGGUUAAAUUAG